AUGGAGAAGCAUUUCCUGGGCCUGGAGCUACAGCAUGUGCCUCGAGGCAUGAAUAAAGAAGCCGAUGACAUCGCCAAAAGGGCGUCCAGGCGCCUGCCCCAGGAGCCCGGUGUCUUCGAGGAAUGGCUCUUCAAGCCUUCAGCAGCACCUCCAUCUGCGGGGCCGGCGUCGCCUCUGGAAGAGCUCCCCCAGCCACCAGCCUCGGGAGCUCCCACCUGUGGCCCGACCUCGGGAGCACGCCUGCUCCUGGCACUCGAGCCACAGGAGGGGUGCUGGACCGAGGAGUUCAAGGCGUACCUAGUGCAUGGAGCAUUGCCGGAGAAAGAAGAGGACGCAGAGCGUGUGGCCCGGCAAGCUACAACAUAUUGCAUUCAGGACGGUGAGCUUUACAGAAAACGACCAAAUGUUGUUUCCUUGUGA